AAAAGGCUCACACACCCUCUAAUCUCCCCAGCACUAUACACAGUCCUGUGGCGCACACACAUCAGAUCUCAAUCUCAUCUCAAAUGCACUAAAAAUGCACUGCUGGGAUUUGUGUUUAGUUCUACUGCUCAAUGACUUCUCAGUGGGGGCUCUGCCUUCAACUAACAUCAAGAUCACACAAGCACUGCCCCUACAACUAUCAGACUCGAACCAGCCCGUAACAUGUCCACUUUUCUGGACUGAAUUUGAAGGCUACUGCUACCGUUUUUUCCCUCUGAACCGGACCUGGGCUGAAGCAGAUCUGUACUGUGCAGAGUUUUCCAAUGGACACAAAUCAGCCAAGCUCGCCUCCAUCCACAGCUGGGAAGAAAACGUGUUUGUGUAUGAUCUCGUGAAUAGCCGUGUACCAGGAAUUCCAACAGACAUUUGGAUUGGCCUUCAUGAUAGGAGACAGGAGGGCACUUUGGAGUGGACAGAUGGGUCACCUUAUGAAUACAGUUACUGGGAUGGAAACCAGCCAGAUGAUGGCAUUCAUCGCAUCCCCGAAGAGGAGGAUUGUGUGGAGAUCUGGUACAGACAAAACAGUGGUUUAAGGUCUUGGAAUGACAACAGUUGUGCUAAAGCUUUUCCAUUCGUCUGCAAGAUCCCCUCACUGGAAAAUUAACCUUUCACCACAUCACAGACUUUAUAUUUAGUUCUUUACAGUCAUUAUGACAUCACAACAUCCCUCAGUCACAGUAAAGCAAGGAAGUUGUCCUCUCAUCUUCAUCCCUGCAGUGAUGAUGGGCUCUCUUCAGCUUCUCAGCUGCGCUUUACUUCAAUUUCCUGCCCCCUUCCCUGUUGUCAUAGCACUGUUCAUAUGGGAGUUGUUAGACUGUGUGUGAGUCAUUACACACAGACAUUCCUCCAUUCCAGUCUUUUGGAAAUUACACGUUUUGUUCCCUGUAGAGUUUCUGUUGAUUACCCAUGUUGAUAUUGGAUAUUGAUGUUAGUGCUAUUGUUGAAUAUUACGUAUCAGUCAGUUGCUGCACCGUUCUCGAUACAGAUAGUGAGUCCCACCAAAGGAGUUCUAGAGAGUUUAGAAAGAGCACUGAACUUGUGGAUGUUUUCAAUAAGAACUAAGCUCCACACCCUUCACCAGAUGCCUGUUCAUGCUGUGAGGACAUUGUAAUUGCUUGUAUAUGCUGGAUUUUAUGAAAUGUAUUCUCAUCAUGAUUUACAUGCGUUUUUAAAGUGUGACAAACAUUGAGACAGUAUGUGUGUAUUUGUGCAAUGUUUCCAAAGUCUGGAACUGGUCUAGCACCCAGAGUGCUGUCUGUACAUUGAUCUAAAACUUGAGAUUGUGAAAGAAUUCAGAUCUUUGUUGACUGCAGAGCUUCAAAAGUCAGAAAGAGCUUAACCUUAGCCUGGCAGAUGACCUUUCAUGCUUUCUUUCUAGCUUAUGGUUCAUGCCAAUUAGUGAUCAGAAAAUCUGUUGCACACAGCUCUGUCAGUUAAACAACUUGAUGAACCUACAUUUUAAUAAUUGGCCUCCUUCAGAAUUUGAAUCAAACAGGCCACGCCCACAGGAUACUGAAUUGAAAUGAGAGAAAAUAUCAUUGGUCUAACAAAAGUGUUGCUUUAAAGGGAUACCCAAAAAUAAAAAUU